CUUCAUUAGUGUGGAGGAGUCACAAGCAAGCAAAUAGCAAUAUACCAAUGAAUAUGAUGAAGUGUUUAUUUUUGUUAUGUUUGUGUUUGUUUCCCAUUGUGGUGUUUUCAUCAAGUUUCACUUCCCAAAAUCCCAUUGAAUUACCGAGUGCUUCUCCUAAACCUAAGCCAGUACUUGACACAAAUGGUAACGAACUUAAUCCUAAUUCGAGCUAUCGCAUUAUUUCCACAGCGUGGGGUGCGUUAGGUGGUGAUGUAUACCUAGGUAGAUCCCCAAGAUCAUCUGCCCCUUGUCCAGAUGGUGUGUUUCGUUACAAUUCUGAUGUUGGAACUAUCGGUACACCCGUUAGAUUCAUUCCUUUAUCUGGAGGUAUACUUGAAGAUCAACUAAUGAACAUACAAUUCAGAAUUGCAACAGUGAAAUUGUGUGUUAGUUAUACAAUUUGGAAAGCCGGUAAUUUAAAUCCAUAUUAUAGGGCGGUGUUGUUGGAGACGGGAGGAAGCAUAGGACAAGUAGAUAGCAGUUAUUUCAAGAUUGUUAAAUCAUCAACAAUUGGUUACAACUUACUCUACUGCCAUAUUACUCGUCCCGUUCUCUGUGCAAAAGUGGGUGUAAUUAAUCAAGAUGGAAGAAGGCGUUUGGCUCUUUUCAACGAAAAUCCUCUUGGUGUCUACUUCAAGAAAGUCUAGUAUGUUUAUGUUAUGUUAUGUUGUAAAAUAAACACAUGCUAACGUAUAUCUAUAUAUUUUAGCAUGUCUUCCUGUGUUUGCUUGUAUACACAAUAAAUAUAGAAACGGAUCACUUAAUAACAAAA